UGCUGCCCCACUACCAACURAURAAAGUAYAGUGGCUGAUCUGAUUCGAGUAAAACGAUGCCGAAAUGAAAUCACUGGUCACAGCACAGCCGCAGAACUCUCUGAUGCUGAUUUUGAAACCCACUGGGCUGAAAUUGAGGCAGCAAUGAUAAGACUUGGAGGAUUGCAGUAUGAACCAGAAAUCCAGCUUCUGAAAAUCGAGUCAAUUGACCCAGAAAAUGAAACCUACCUAAGUAUUCUUCUUCAAUCGUGGGAAGAAGGCGAAGAAAAGAAAAUGGAAAUCAUCAUACAAAAGCUAAAUAAGAUAUCAAUGCAAUUACCUUCUGAAAAUGAAAGUCUGCCACAGUUUUGCAUUCUGCCUCAGAAACCAUCUCAUCCAACUAUCAACCGUAUCAGUGAAGUAACAGAGAUAAUGUCCAACAUACAGCAACUUAAAGCAAUGUUUCCACAUGAAAUCACCGUUACGUAUUUGUCUGGUAAUCCUGGUUGUGGGAAAAGUGAGAUUGCGAGGCAGAUUGGGAAGAAAUAUUUUGAAGACGUUGACGAAUCAGCCAAGUGCGUGUCGACGCUGAACGCAUCCAAUCUUGAAAGCUUAACUCUAUCAUAUAUCGUCCUGGCAAGAAACCUUCGAUGCAGCGAAGAAUCCAUAGCAUCACUCAAUACCAUCACCUCUCAAGAACACAAACUCGCUCAACUACGAGGAAAUGUCUCCAUACAACUGCACAGCUACUACUCCUGGCUGAUGAUUGUAGACAAUGUGGAAGAUCUUCAGCUAGUCUCAAGGUUUCUCCCUCAUACAGGCGAAAAUCUGCAACACAGUAAAGGCCAUAUCCUAAUUACAACGCAAGACAGCUAUUCCAUACCACUGCGUGAUCCACAUGCACAUCAUAUGCCCUUGAGCCGUGGUAUGGAACUUAAGGACGCAGUGGAAUCACUGCUUGAAAUUUCUGGAUGUUCUGACAAAGAAGAAACUAUGACUGCUGUUGCAAAGCAGCUUGAUUUCCAGCCUUUAGCUCUCGCUUGUGCAGCAGUAUACGUCCAGGAAGUCCGUAUUGCAGAUCCUACAAUGAUAUGGGAAAAAUACCUUCAGCACAUCCAAAAAUCCAAUAUUGAGCCAACUGAAACAAUGUAUGAAGAAAUCAACAACUCGUAUAAAAAGUCGAUGACAACAGCUGUAAAGAUGGCAGUUCAAAAUGUCAUAGAGAGAAGUCCAGUAAUGCUCCAUGCUUUUGAAUUCCUGGCUGCUUUGGCUCCGGGGUUCAUAUCGCUAGAUGAUGUUGUAAGUUAUGUGAUGAAAUGCAUGCCUAACGAAGUCGAUAAAAAAUUAUUGGCAAGAAAGAUAAUGAAGUCGUCACUCGUUCUUACGUCUGCGGAUAAAGUAGAACCAAUGAUUCGCGUCCAUCAAGUUGUUUUCAACGUUCUUCAAACAGUGGUCCAAGAAUUACACAGCGAUGAAGAAGAUGAAUUUUCGUACUUAACAAAAGUGAUCGAAGUGUUUUCGUAUCUUGACAAAAUAGACAAACAAAGCGUGGAUUACAUCAAAUCUACAGGCAAACUUGUUGUGCACGUGGUAAGUUUGUCUUACAAAGUAAAAAUGUUUUUCGAGCGACGCCAAAUUUUGCUUUCGACAGAAAAGGACAAGUAUGGAGUACGCUACCAAUUAAACAGAACAACUACGAGUCAAUAUCUACAAGUAAUGACACUAUUGAGGAAUCGUCUGUAUGUAGUAUUGAGAGAACAGCAAAAGCAUCAUAUACUAUGUAGAAAUAUCUUAGAAAUAUGCAUGACACUUACAAUUACAAAAUCUGACACUACGAAGAACGAGGUCGACAMGAAAACUUCAGACGAGCACAUGUACGAUGACGACCAAAUUAAAGAGCAACAAUGGUUCUUUAACGAAUUAGGAUACACAUUAGAUAACCUUGGUGAAUACCGUGAAGCAAAGGAGUGUUAUGAAAAAUCUCUAGAAAUGGCAAGGAUGGCCUACGGAAACACUCACACUGAAGUGGCUACAAGUUUAAAUAACUUAGGAAUAUUGCUGUUGCACCUAAACAAAUUUGUAGAAGCCAAGGAAUAUUUAGAAAAAGCGAUCGCUAUCUACAAAAGCACAUAUGGAGACAAUCACCCUAGUGUGGCUACAAUUUUAAGUAAUCUAGGAUCAACAUUGAGUAAUCUUGGAAGUUACAAAGAAGCAAAGGAGUAUCGCGAAAAAGCACUUGCAAUCGAUAAAAGCACGUACGGAGACAAUCACCCUUUAGUGGCUACAAGUUUAAGUCAUCUAGGAUCAGCAUUGAGUAAUCUUGGAAAUUACAAAGAAGCAAAGGAGUAUUACGAAAAAGCACUUGCCAUAAGAAAAAGCACGUACGGAAACAAUCACCCUGAAGUGGCUACAAGUUUAAGUCAUCUAGGAUUAGCAUUGAGUAAUCUUGGAAGUUACAAAGAAGCAAAGGAGUAUCACGAAAAAGCACUUGCCAUAAGAAAAAGCACGUACGGAAACAAUCACCCCGAAGUGGCUACAAAUUUAAGUCAUCUAGGAUUAGCAUUGAGUAAUCUUGGAAGUUACAAAGAAGCAAAGGAGUAUCACGAAAAAGCACUUGCCAUAAGAAAAAGCACGUACGGAAACAAUCACCCCGAAGUGGCUACAAAUUUAAGUCAUCUAGGAUUAGCAUUGAGUAAUCUUGGAAGUUACAAAGAAGCAAAGGAGUAUCAUGAAAAAGCACUUUCCAUAAGAAAAAGCACGUACGCAGACAAUCACCCUUCAGUGGCUUCAAGUUUAAGUAAUCUAGGAUCAGCACUGAGUGAUCUUGGAAGUUACAAAGAAGCAAAAGAGCAUCAUGAAAAAGCACUUGCCAUCUACAAUAGCAUGUACGGAGACAACCACCCUGAUGUGGCUACAAGUUUAAGUGAUCUAGGAUCAGCAUUGAGUUAUCUUGGAAGUUACAAAGAAGCAAAGGGCUGUCACGAAAAAGCACUUGCAAUCGCCGAAAGCACGUAUGGAAACAAUCACAGCUAUGUGGGUGCAAUACUAUCUCAUCUGGGAGUAGUAUUGAGAGACAUUGGGGAAUAUAAAGAAUCAAAGGAGUGUAUAGAAAGAGCAAUAACUAUUUACAAAUCAGUUUUUGACAAAACCCAUCCUUAUAUAGGAAUUUGCUUUUAUAAACUGGGCCUUUCACUGCAUGCUUUGGGCAUCAACGAGGAAGCCAAAGAUUCUUUUGAAAGGUCACUUACAAUCCUUGAAGCUGCAUAUGGUGAAGACCAUCCACGAGUAGCAAGGGCAUUAAAUGGCCUGGGACAACUUCAGCUGGAACAGGGAGAUAACGAACUAGCCAAACUGAAUUUAGAAAGAGCAUUAGCUAUCAAUGAAAAAUCAUUAGGUGUACUUCAUCCUGAUUUUGCUACGACUCUGAACAACCUUGGAAAACUCUCUGAAAGUCUUGAUGAAUACGAACAAGCCAAAGCCUACUUUGAAAGAGCACUGGCAAUCAACGAAGAAGCAUUAGAUGGAAGCCAUCCAAAUAUUGCCAUUAUUUUAAACAAUCUUGGACAUCUCUUGGUCAAAUUGAAGAAAGAUGAAGAAGGGAGCCAUUGCUUGGAAAGAGCGCUUGCUAUCAAGGAAAAGAAUCCAGACUACGCGUUUAAGUUUUAAAUGACUUACUUCAAGUGACAAUGUUCCCAACAUAAUCCACAAAGAAAUUAACUUCGAGAUGUGUGACCUUAACUUCUUGUUGAUAAAAAUAUUAUAUAGAAAACAAAAUGAAAGGUUGGCUUAUUGUUAUGGUCGCAUUAUACUGCUAAUCGAGAUAAAUUGAAAUAGCUUUUACUCAAGUGAAAAUAUGCAGAAAACAUGCUUCCUUGUUGUUAUCUUCAAGCCUUCAAUUGUUCAUCGUGAAUUCUGACAUUCCACCAAUAAUGUAUCAAUGA